AUGCUACCAGACACGGUUACACCGGGCUGCGAAGAAAACACGCGAAAAAUGAGUUUUUGGAUGAAAUGGAAUCGUACUUCACCCGAACUCCAAAUGCAAUCAGAGUCAAAGCUACUAAACCGCCUGAAGAGCCGGCUCCAUGCCGGCUUUGUUUCUAUUUUUGGCGGGAAGUCGUAUAUCAGGACUUUGGUUGCUCGUGGUUUUAGUUCGGGUGCAGCCGCGGAAAAGAGAAUUCCAAUUGUCUUAAUGCACGGCUUUGCUUCCGGGCUUGGGCUGUGGUGUAAAAACAUCGAUUCACUUGCUGCCUACCGUCCUGUAUAUGCAUUCGACCUGUUGGGUUUCGGCCGAAGUUCCCGUCCGGAUUUUCCAACUGAUUCCACUGAAGCUGAAGUGUUAUUCGUUGACUCAUUUGAAGAAUGGAGAGCUGCUAUGGGUUUGUCUAAGUUCAUCCUUGUUGGUCACAGUUUGGGUGGCUACAUUUCCACCUCCUAUGCUAUAAGGCAUCCAGAAAAGAUAGCACAUUUGAUCCUGGUCGACCCCUGGGGAUUCCUGGAGAUUCCUUUAAGCGAGGAACUAAAGGCCAAACAUAACAACUCACCAUGGUUAUUGCGAGCAUACCGAAACCUUUUAUCAGGAGGCAAUCCUUUGACGAUACUCCGUGCGAUUGGCCCUCUUGGCCGGUCAUUGAUCCAUCGCGUUCGUCAGGAUCUACGUGUUAUGUUCGACCAGCGAAGUCUUAUAUCUGGCGAAUUUAUUGAAAUUCCCUCUGUGGAAGUGGAAGAAUCCGCACAACAAGGAUAUCUCGCACGACAUCUGAUCGAUUCCGAUACGAACGACGACGACGGAUACUGCUGUUACCACCCACUGAACGGUGAUGGUGCAUCAUCAAAUACCACUGUGGACGUAAGUGAUUUCGAUGGGACCGCUGCUCUGGACUACAUUUACCACAUGAACGUGCAGCGUCCCAGCGGGGAAACGGGGUUCAAAGCACUGUGCACUAUGAUUGGUUGGGCAGAACGCCCGAUGCUUGACCGCAUUCAUCUACUGGAUCGAAACGUCCCCAUCACAUUCAUUUUUGGAUCCCGAUCAUGGCUGGAUAUGUCUUCAGGCACCAAGACCAGGGCUCGUCGUCCCGAUUCCUAUGUGGACAUCAAGAUCAUCGAUGGCGCAGGUCACCAAGUGUAUGCUCAUGCCGCGGAAGAAUUCAAUCAGUAUGUGAACACUGUUGGCAAACGCGUUGAUGCUGGUGACCUUUUCCGCCCGUCCGACUAUCAGAAUACCCCAAACGACACUGACAGUCUUAUCCGAACUAACGAAAACCGUUUAUCGAAGAGGCGUUCUGUUGGAAGUUCCAACUACCUCGCACAAGCAGCGCUACUUCCAGACGAGCACAACCCAUCCACUUCCGAAAACAUACUCGAUGAAGAGGUAGAAACAAAUGAUGUUCCCGAGUAG